UCGGCGCUUCGGCGGAGGAGGUGUUCCUGGUGGCCAUCUUUGAUGCGCGAAGUGAUUGUUUGGCGAAUAGAAAUAAUAGGAAAUAAAAAUAAAGCCUGAAAAGUUGGGCAGUGGUGGUUGGAACAAAGGUGAAAUAAAAGGAGGGAAAGUGAAACUCAGGAAAACCAGUGAAAGAAGGCAUGAAGACAGCAUCAUAGUCAAGUCAUGGCUGAUAAAAGAAAACUACAAGGAGAAAUUGAUCGAUGUCUGAAAAAAGUAGCAGAAGGAGUGGAGCAGUUUGAUGACAUCUGGCAAAAGCUUCACAAUGCAGCCAACGCCAACCAAAAAGAGAAAUAUGAGGCUGACCUCAAGAAAGAGAUUAAAAAAUUACAGCGCCUUCGAGACCAGAUUAAGACGUGGGUGGCCUCCAACGAGAUCAAAGACAAAAGGCAGCUAGUGGACAACCGCAAACUCAUAGAGACGCAAAUGGAGCGCUUUAAAAUCGUAGAGCGGGAGACAAAAACGAAAGCGUACUCCAAAGAGGGACUCGGCCUUGCUCAGAAAGUAGACCCUGCACAAAAAGAAAAAGAAGAGGUUGGACAGUGGCUCACGGCAACGAUAGACAUGUUAAACAUGCAGGUGGACCAGUUUGAGAGUGAGGUAGAAUCACUCUCAGCCCAGGCAAGGAAAAAGAAAGGAGAUAAAGAGAAACAGGACCGGCUAGAGGAGUUAAAGAGGUUGAUAGAGCGGCACCGCUACCAUAUCCGUAUGCUGGAGACCAUUCUGAGAAUGCUGGACAAUGACUCGGUACAAGUAGAGGCAGUCCGCAAGAUCAAAGACGAUGUGGAGUACUAUCUAGAUUCCUCUCAGGAUCCUGACUUUGAAGAGAACGAGUUCCUCUACGAUGACCUGGAUCUGGAGGAUAUACCCCAAACGUUGGUUGCCACGUCUCCGCCAGCUCACACGGAGGAUGAAACCUUCCAGCACUCCAGUUCCACACCGACCUCCACAACCUCAUCGUCUCCCAUCCCCCCAUCCCCAGCUACUUGCACUACGAAUUCGGAGGAUGACAAGAAGCGAGGACGUUCCACUGACAGUGAAUUCAGCCAGUCUCCUGUGAAGAAUGGCAACCCAUCAUCUCUCUCCUCCUCGUCCUCAUCGUCAUCCUCAUCAUCAUCUUCAUCCUCGGGAGCCUCCUCAACCUCAGUGGUGUCUAUGGCAGCCAUUGCCAGCAGUGGCGGAUCAGCGAUCGGGGGCAACAGCCUCUUGGGCAGCAUGGGUGGCCUCCUUCAGAACUCUUGCAGCUACAGUUCUGCCAUCCAGCAGCAAAGCCAGCAGAGCCAGCAGCAGCACCAGCCUAAAAACACCAUCAACUCCCAGUCUAGUGCUGCCACCACCAACUCUAACAGUGUCCUCCUACCCACCCCCACCUCUGCUUCCUCCCCACCCAACACCAGCACACCAAGCUGCCAGGUGCAGCCUCCGCUGGGGCCUACUUCAGUCUCCAAUCUGGGCCACAACCUGGGCUUGGGCUUGGGCUUGGGGAAGAGUGCCGUCACGGCAACAAGUGGUGCUAGUCAAAUCCCAAGCCUUGGCCUUUCAGGGAUGCCAGCAUCCAUGAACAGCAUGGCGGGGCUCUUGCGAGGCUCCACCCCAGCACCUUACGCUCAGGCCGCCGCCUCGGGCACGGUGGCCAGCGGCUUACCGGGGUCCGUUGGGGCGAAUGCCAGCAGCACAAACUCUAGUGGAACAGUACCCUCUGUGGGAGCCAAUGGAAGUGUCACUUCCGUGGGUCUGUUAGGCCCAGCACCUGGUGUUACGGGGGUCAGCAGUGGGAUAUUAGGUCUUGGGUCCACGCAGACUGCUGUGCAGCCUUCCCCCCUGGUGGUACCCAGCCCUGUGGGAGGGGCCCUGACGCAGGGGAGCAGCGUGGGCGUUAUCGGGAGCAAUGGCGGAAACUCUGGGUCAGGAAGUACAGCAAGUAUGGGAAGUGCUGGGCUCCCACGGCCACCUAGUGGACAAAAACAGAAUGGCGGCACAACUUACAGUGCCGUAGUAGCAGAUAGCACAUCAGACUCCGCCCUCAACAGUGCCAGCCAAUCACAAAACAGCCAAGCCUCAUCUUUAAAUUCCACAGCCAGUCUGCCUAAAGAUAGUGGGUCCAGUCUUUUGGGGGCAAUGACUCUCCCUCCCAGUUCACCCUCGCCCUCAUACAGUGAGAGUAAACCCAGUGGAGGCAGCCUGCUCAAUGGGCCUCACUCUUACACACCGGCUGCCGAUGUCAUUAAGCCCCAGGAGUCACUUAGUACCCUGAAAUCAAUGGCAGAGAGGGCAGCUCAGGGCACAGGUUUAGAGGGAGAACUCUCUGCACUACAUCUAACUGGAGAUAUCUUCCCCAGCUCUACAGCCCCUUCUGGUCCCUCAGCGGCCCCUCAGCCUUCUCUGUCGGAGGUGAACAUCCCUCCAUCACUGGGGGUCUGUCCCCUGGGUCCUGUCCCCCUCUCCAAAGAACAGCUCUACCAGCAAGCCAUGCAGGAGUCAGCCUGGACACACAUGCCCCACCCGUCCGACUCAGAGAGGAUCAGGCAAUACUUGAUGAGGAACCCCUGUCCCACAUUGCCUUUCCACCACCAGGUGCCGCCACCACACUCGGACUCUGUGGAGUUCUACCAGAGGCUGUCCACGGAGACCCUCUUCUUCAUCUUCUAUUACCUAGAGGGCACAAAGGCCCAGUAUCUGGCAGCCAAAGCCUUGAAAAAACAGUCAUGGAGGUUCCAUACAAAGUAUAUGAUGUGGUUCCAGAGGCACGAAGAGCCUAAGACCAUCACUGACGAGUUUGAGCAGGGGACCUACAUUUACUUUGACUAUGAGAAAUGGGGCCAGAGGAAAAAGGAAGGAUUCACGUUUGAGUACAGGUACCUCGAGGACCGGGACCUCCAGUGACAGACGGACAAUACGAACUGCAGACUACUGUCGACAUUCCUGGACUGAAUCCACACUCUCACACACGCUGGUGGGGUGACUCAGAUGCUUUUGCGAGGCUGUUUUCUGUCUCGUUGGUGCAUAUUGCCUUCAGAGCUUUUCCCACUACCUACAAACUCCACUUGCCCAAUACAAACCCAGUCCUUCUUUUUGAAAUGUCCACUCUCUCACCUUUUAAUUUGAACACUCAUUGCUCGUCACUUUGUUUUGGCACCUAUACAUUGAAAAAGACAUCACCGUACAUUCUUGAGCCAAAGAGAAAUAAGCCUACAAAAUGUAGUCCAACGAAGCAAACACCAGACAAAACAGUAAGAUAGCGUUACUGAUAGCAUUAUUAGGGACAUGCUGUGUACAAGUCGUUGAAAAAUAUCAGAGUUUUAGCACAACAAAAUAAUGAGUUGUGGGAGACCAAAUCCAACCCAUUUACUUGUACCUGCUAUUGUUUUGAAGCUGGGUGAACUGGACUGGCCUGUCUUUGAUUAUUACCAUCAACAGUGACAACAGUGCCAUUUUCUCCCAUUACUGUAACAUACUCUCGAGCAUUUUUAACAAAAUGAGUUUUUAAAAAAUAUGUUGACUAGAAUCUCAUAUCACAUACUUAUGUUCGAGAGCAGUCACAGUCCCACUGUAAUUGUUAAUAUCUGCUCGACAGAUGAUGGUACUGUCCUCCUUAGUGUAGAACGAGUGAGAUGGAACAGAAAGGAACCACACCAGCACUAAAAACUUUCUCUUAGGUUUGUUUACAUUUGUCAGAAGCAGUAAAGAGCAGCUCACUCAAAUUGGACAUGUAAUUAAUCAGAAGGGCAGAGAAAAAGGUAGUACAGCUGUAAUUAUUCUGAAUUACACUUCCAUGAUAGUGUGUGAGGACCGUGUAAAGCCAUUAUUUCGGCUUACAAAGGGAAUACAUAUUUUGAGCAUCAGUGGGCGUCCUCUGGUCAGUAUGGGUACAAUUGGUGCUCUCGCCAGGACAUUAAGCAAAUAGACAGGUUGUCCAAUGCUAAAUACUGAAUUGAUUCCUUCAAGGCCCCACUACAUUCACCUUAUCUGCCAGCAAUUCAUUUAAUUUCACAAAGCAUCUCAACUGUGACAUUUCCCAGUGUUUGGAGUGCCAUCUCAAAUGUUUUAUCUUUUUAUUCAUGCAGACUAUCAGGACAGCGUAGAUAUCUGGAAAUUAUGAAUUUCUUUUAAAUCCGCUGAGAUGUGGUGUCUUCAUACCCAGAUGACAAGUGGCCAUGCACCUGUGUAGGUUUUUUUUUCUGUUACGUUUACCUUUUGUGGCGAGCGUACUGUAUGGAAGAGAACUGAAAUGUGAAUUAUAUUUUUUUUUCCUAACUGGAAAAAGUGAUGUACAGAACAUUCUUCCACCUCCUGUCUUUUUUCCCCCCAUUUUGAACUGAACAGCAUGGAAAAUGACACUUGCAGAGUGGACUGGAGUUAAAAAAACAUUACACACAAAGUUACAAUGAAAAUAAAGGAUU